ACGAGCAGAUCAGCCGGCAGUCCUCUGAAAGCCGUUUGAACAUUCAGAGUUGCAUCACUUAAUGACAAACGACAGUUGCUUCGUCGCAAUCACGAGAUGGAACCCGACUCUUUUCCAGAAGAGCUUUCGGAGAGGCGGGUGUGCGUCGUCGGAUCGGAGCUGGUGGAAAACUACACUGUCUACAUCAUCGAGGUGUCGGAGGGAGAGCACAGAUGGACCGUGAAGCACCGCUACAGCGACUUCCACGAUCUCCACGAGAAGUUGACGCCAGAGAAGAAGGUGGACCGGGGGCUGCUUCCUCCGAAGAAAAUGCUGGGGAAGAACUCCAAGAGUCUGGUGGAGCGGCGGGAGAAGGAGCUGGACCUCUACCUGCAGACGCUGCUGCUGCGGUUCCCACAGGCCACGCCCACUCCGCUCGCCUGCUUCCUGCACUUCCAUCUCUACGAGAUCAACGGCAUCACGGCAGCUCUGGCUGAGGAGUUGUUCCACAAAGGCGAGCAGCUGCUGCAGGCCGGCGAGGUGUUCUCCCUCCGCCCGCUGCAGCUCUACUCCGUCACCCAGCAGCUGCGUCUGGCCAAACCCACGUGCUGCAACGGGGACGCCAAAUCCGACCUGGGACACAUCCUGGACUUCACCUGCAGGCUGCGAUACCUCAAGAUGUCCGGGACCAGUGGCCCAGUAGGAACCAGUAACAUCCAGGAGAGCAGCCUCCCCUUCGACCUGUCCGUUUUCAAGUCCCUCCUCCAGAUAGAGAUCAGCGAGUGCAGCGCUCAGCAGAUUGGAGGUCUGUCGUCUCUGAGGUCGAGUCUGGCGACUCUGAGCAUCCACCACUCCACGGAAACUAUGAUGGCGAUCCUGGUCCCGGAGUCGAGCGAGUGCUCUCAGUGGGAGGCCGAGGGGGCGGAGUCUGGCUGUCCCGUCACCGCCGUCAUCCCCCUGUGGAGAAGCCUGACCACGCUGGACAUGAGCCACAACGGCAUCGCCGCCAUCGACGACUCGGUGAAACUGAUUAGUAAGGUGGAGUUUCUGGAUCUGAGCCACAACCAGCUGUCCACAGUGGAAAACCUCCAGCACCUGUACAAUCUGGUCCACGUGGAUCUGUCCUACAACAGCCUGCGGGUCCUGGAGGCCGCUCACACCCGUCUGGGCAACAUCAAGACUCUGAAUCUGGCCGGCAACCAGCUUGAGCAGCUGACCGGCCUCACCAAGCUCUACUCGCUGGUCAACCUGGACCUCAGCCACAACCAGCUGGCCCAGUUGGAGGAGAUCAGGAACAUCGGAUCUCUGCCGUGUCUGGAGAAGCUCCACCUGUCCGAUAACCCCAUGUGCAUCAUCCCGGACUACAGAACCAAAGUGCUGACGCAGUUUGGAGACCGAGCAGCAGAGGUCUGUCUGGAUGGAACUGCGACGACGGAGAAGGAGCUGGACACGGUGGAGGUGUUGAAAGCCAUUCAGAAAGCCAAAGAAGUCAAAGACAGGAUGAGCGGCGGCGACAAGAAGAUCAGUGAGGAGACCAAGCCGUCUGCUGCUGCUGCACCUCCUCACCUCUCCUCUCCGCCUUCCUCUUCUCCCCCUUCUUCUUCCUCCUGCUGCUCCUCCGCUGUUGCUCCUCCUGCUGUCACCUCCUCCUCUUCCUGUCCGGCCCAGCAGGCUGCCUGCCCCAGCCAAGAAGUGACGAGCGGAGAAGACGACGCAGUUCCCCGCGGCGUCCUCCCUCCUGCGGACGCUGCUCCUCCUCCCCCCGCAAGCUUUAACACCAACACGCAACCCCCGUCUGCCGACCCCGCCCAGGUCCAACAAGCUGCUGUCAGUCUGUCUGAACACACACUCUGUGGAGCUUUUCCUACCACCGCGACAAAUAACACCUGUUGCGUCUGCUGCUCUUCCUCCUCGAGGCCUCUCGAGACCUCGUGCGUCUCCUGCAGCGCCACCUCGUUUCCUCUGCUUCCUUCUCCCCUGCUCUCCCUCUCCACCUCCAACAAAGACUUCGUCACCCGGCUCUCCCAGCGGCUCGGCUCCAUCCUGAAGGAGCAGAGGAGGGAGACGGAGGAGGAGGAAGAUGAGGAGGAGAUGGAGGAAGAGAAGAGGUCUGAAUCCAGGGAGGUUGAGUCCCAAGUGGAGGAAACCAACGUGGGAAGUACAAGUCCCGGCUCCGGGGACGGAUACUUCGAGAUGGGUCUGGACGACUCCUCCGUUGAGCCGGUCUGCUCCUCUUCCUCCACGUCGCUCGCCGUUCCUCCUCCUGCAGAGGAGCCCGUUGGCCACCAGGGGGAGCCGUGUGCCGGGGAGGAUGAGCUGCACGUCAGCAGGGUUUUGUGGUGCUACUGUCUUCUGGUGAAGGAGGAGGUGAAGCAGAAGGAGGCGUGCCUGGUGCUGACGGACGGGCUGCUGAGCCUGCUGUACCUGCCGGAUGAUUUCACAUGGACCAAUCAGGACGCAGACCAGGAGCAGAGUCGGUCCGUGGAGGAGGUGCUGUCCCUCCUGCAGCUGGACCUCCUGCUGCCGUACUCCCGGCUCCUCCUCUUCCGCAGCGCCGAGCUGCCGGACUCCUGCCUCGCCUUCGGCCUCCACGGCGACCCGACCCGCUGGUUCAUCUUCUCAGAGGCAGAGGAGCUCCGGCAGACCAGGACCGAGCUGACGGCGCUGGUCCAGGCUGCGAAGUCUCAGUCCGACCCGGAGCCCCCCGUCACCCCUCAGCUCUUCCCCCGAUCGCUCAUCAACUCCUGGGAGCUGGAGGAGAGUCAGGGAGCCCAGGGAGGCUAUCCUGCCUUCCUCCUGCUCUCCUCCUCCUCUUCCUCAGCCUCGGAGACCCACCCGCUCCUGUCGGACAUCCUCUCCAAGAGGGAGGACUCCAGCCUCUUCUCGCUCCUCUUCCUCACCCACAGACACCUCUGGGUGCUGAAGAUGGACUUCAAAGAGCUGGCAGAAAGAGAGAGGAGGAGUGCUGACCUUCAUCACCCUUCCUCCUCCUCCUCCUGGUGCAGGCUGGUCCGUGUGCCCCUCGGUUCCGUGCUGCUUCACCCCAGAGAGAGAGCUUCUCAGGUGGGGGACAAGAGCAGCGACGCCUCCUGCCUCGACCCCAAACACCUCCUCAGGAGGACGCACACGGCGGAGCUGCUGCUGGCCGGUCAGAGGCUGCUGCUGCUCUUCCCUCUGGCCCAGAACCGGAGCUCCUUCCUGGGGCUGCUGAGCCAGAGGAGAGGCUCUCUGGAGGGGCUGAAGAUGGUGGCCCUGCCCUGCAGGCCCUGCCCACAGCAAGGUCGUCACAGAACCAGAGACAAGUGCUGCUGCUCCACUUCCAGGAAAUCCAACAGCACCACCAGCUGGGACUCCUCCGGCCUCCAUGUGGAGGAGAACCAGCCGUCCCCCCACCUCCACCCGGGUCUCUCCCCAGGACUGAAGCGCCUGGCUGGGCUCGGAGAACAGCAGCUCCUGACCUACUUCCACAGAUGUAUAGCACUGUCUGAGGCGGAGGAGGUGAGACAGGUCCUGUGGCUGUCUGUGGUUCUCUACACGUCUCCAGAGGCUGAGCUCACCUGCUGUCUGCUGCUGUCCACGGACACCAUCUACUUCCUGUUGGAAGACUCCGCCUCCACACUCGGCCAUCACUCGGUGUUGGAUAUGAUGGACUCUGGAGACGUGGACGUGUGUCUGUGCUGCUGUCUGUCCAUCAGACUGUCCGACCUGCAGUCCGUCAACGUGGGACUGUUCGACCAGUACUUCAGGGUCGUAGGUCGCUCGGCCGAUCACAUCGUGUGCUGCCUCAGCAGGGACAGUUAUGGGACGGGCGUCUUCCUCCAGGAGCUCAUGUCGGCGCUAAGCCUGCAGCGGCAGCAGCUUCCUCCCCCGGAGCUGUCGGACCAGGACUUCUACUCCCAGUUCACCAGCACAAACACAGGAAAGAUGCAGAACUACGAGUUGGUCCACAGCAGCAGGGUGAAGUUCGUUUAUCCCAGUGAGGAAGAGAUGGGAGACCUGACCUUCAUCGUGGCAGAGAGGAAGGCUCCGGCCAGCGCGGCGUCCCCGUCCUCGCGCUCCUUCAACGUCCUGCUGUACCUGCUGGUCUUCCAGGUCCAAAUCCCCGGCAGUCUGCCCAGCCAAGGCGCCGCUCUCUCAGGCCACUCCCCUUUGUCCGGCUCCGGUCCGUCUCCAGUCCUCCAGCCCAGGACUCUGAUCCUCACCAGCACCGACGUGUUCCUAUUGGACGAGGACUACGUCAGCUAUCCUCUGCCGGACUUUGCCAAAGAACCACCGUCCAGGGAGCGGUACCAGCUCCGCGAGGCUCGGAGGAUCCGGGAUCUGGACCGGGUCCUGCUGGGCUACCAGACGUACCCCCAGGCUCUGACCCUGGUGUUCGACGACCUGCCCGGCCCCGACCUGCUCUGCCACCUCACCAUGGACCACUUUGCCUCCGCCGCCGCCGGGGAGGAGGCGGGCCCUCCCGGAGGGGGCGGAGCCAGCAGCGGCGCAGAGGGCGAGGUCCAGUGGUGCGUCUUCGUCCCGGAGGCCGACAGCAGAGAGCGGCUGAUCUCGCUCCUCGCUCGCCAGUGGGAGGCGCUGUGCAGCCGGGAGCUUCCCGUGGAGCUCACCGGCUGAUGGGCGGCGGCGAGGCGGCGGCGAGGCGGCGGGGUCGUAUGACGGGCGGGAUUCAGGCCUCCGGCUCCUUGUCCAGAGGCCUCGAGGUGACCACGUCUGAGGGCAACGCCGUUUCCAGCCGCUAUGAAAGAAGGCGGCCUGUCGUCAUAGAGACGGGGGGGGGGGGAUGACUCGGCCAAAUUGUGGCCAACGACGCACGCGUUCACUCGGAGCUCGUUCACAUGAAAAAGGAACGGAAGGAGAGUUUAAAUACUCACUCGCCUCCACGCCGUAGCAUCGCCUUGACGCAGCUUUAUUUAAGUCUUUAUCUUCAAGAAGAGUCGGAAUGCAUCAAAUGUUCAUACAAAUGUUUAAACAAGUGGUUUUCCUCUCAGUCAAAUGGGGUAAACGCAUCACGCACCUGGUUUUCUGAGGUGGUUUCAGACAGGCACUUUGUUGGAAGCCCAGUGGGGUCCUUUAGAUCUUCGAUGUGGCUCCUCCCACCAGACUGUGACCUCACGUGAUGGCAGUUUCUGGCACAACUUGACUUUCUUGCAAAGUUUCUCACGGAGAUUUACAGAUUCAGUUUGAUGACGUGUCAGACGGCUGUUGCCCAGCAGGGGGCGCUGCAGGCGACCACAGGAGCUAUGACGUCAUAACUCGUGUGUGUUAGCCUAGCUUAGCACAAAGACUGGAAUCAAAGAGGAACUGCUAGCCGAGCGUCAUCAAAAGAGGAAACGACUCCUAGGCUGUCUGAUGUACAUGUUGUUAUUUACAUGUUGUUAUUUACAUGUUAUUUAUGUUAAGUUGCUCCUUAAACCAAAAAUGUGUUUUAUGUUUGUGUCGUUUGGAUUCUGGUUGAGGUGACAAGAGGAUAUCCCAAAAUGUUCGACUGUUGUUUUAAGUAGAGCGCGCACACAAACACAAAGACACACAAACUCUCAUGCAAACGCACACACACACACCGCUGCUCGGCACGACCUCUGAACAUUUUAUUCCAUGACCAUUGUAAUUAAUGAAGCAGUAUUAUUGAGGCUUUUUAUUAAUACAUUAAUAUAAGUGUGUUUUGGGACAGACGGAUUGUUGUUUUUCACCCUGAAGCAGAUUUUGUACGAAACGUGUAAGUUCUGAUUUAAAUGUACACAAAAGAACUCGUCCACGUCACAUGCAUCGUUAUCAUUGAGUGUUUAUUGUUUAUACUUUUUGUUUCUAUGUUUUUUACGUUGUGUUUUUUUUUGUACAUUCAUUUUUAUUUCUAUUAUUAUUAUUGACAAAUGGGAUGCCAGAAGACCCCCCUCCCCCCCUCCUACCACUGUUGUCUAGGUUACAUGUUUUUGGGGAAUGCCACUGAAUUAAAAAGCAAAAUGAAAACUCCACAUGCAACGAUCCGGCUCGGCGUCGGUUUGAUUCCCCUGAACGCAGCGGGGCUGAACCGCCGUCUGCUGACGCAGCAGAAAAACAGAAACCCAGAAAAGCAGAAACCCAGAAAGCAGGCGGCACGCCGUCGCUCCGAUGAAGACGAAGACGAACUCAAAGGCCGUUUGAUGAUGUGUUAUAAAAGUUGUUGUCUUACAGCAACGUGGGACAAUAGUUUGAGUUAUUCAACAUUUCAAUGCAGGGAUCAACAUUGUUGUUGUUGUUAUUGUUACAGCGACCUGCGUUGUCGAGCCUUCCACUGUUUUUACCUUGUGAUUGUCGACAUUAAAAAAAGAAAUAAAAAAUAAGUUUUCAA